GGUAAGGAAACAGUGACAGGCUGAACUAUCUCAGAGAGGAAGACAGCGUCUCAGAGACACACCUUACAGUACGAGGGUGAGCCGUGGACGGAGAGAACCAGAGAGAUAAAGAGAGACGUUGUGUGAAAGUUUUACUUCUUAGAUUCUGAACACCGAAUAACAGUUUCUGGGAUGGCAUUGUUGCUGUGCUUGGUAGCAGCUCAGAUUCUUUCUGCACACCAAGGGGCUUCUGUUCCACUGGAUGGUGGAGGAUAUUGUAUGGAUGGAGAGGAACGGUGUAAACGAUGCCCGGCAGGCCAGUACCAGUCGUCGUGUACAGAGUGUUCUCCCUGCGCGGAGGGGACCUUCACAAAGGACUGGAACUGUGAGAGCAGCUGUUUCCCCUGCUUCAGAGACUGCAGAGCAGUCAGUAACAUGUGGGAGGAGCAGAAGUGCAGCCGCACGGCGGACGUUAGGUGUCGCUGUCAGCGUGGUUACGUCUGCACGAACGGAGACUCUGGAGACUGCAGAGAGUGUGACAAGAGCCCUGAGCCUGAACCAACCAGCAGAGGGGUCGUUUCUGAAGACGGCAUCACUUCCCCUUUGCCCUGCAAUCUUCCAAAUUGUAAAUCUGGUGUCUCCACUCCAGUGGAUAACGCCACUCACGACAGCCCUCAUGUUAGACCAGAGAACAGCAACACUCUUCUGGCCGUUUUGUGUCCAGCAGUAACCAUUGGAAUUCUGGCUCUUUUACUUCUCUUCUGUAUCCGUCGCCAAGGAGACGAAGCUUGUUUCAAACAUGUUCUUCAGCUGUGUAAUGAGGGGGUGAAGGAUGGUUCCCACAACAAGGCCCCAGGCCAACAGCAGACAAAGGAGCCAGUCGGAUUGCUGCCACACCCACUAACUGCUGCUAAUCUAGGCCCAGUCCAUGUGCACAGUGCCGGAACUGUUAUCUUCAGUCUUCUGAAUCAAUUCACGGGUCAGGGGGAGGUGGCUGGUGUAGAGAGGAAGGAGGAACGGAAUGACAGAAAUGAGGAGGAAGGGAGAAGCUUCCAGAACCACGCGGCAUCAUCACCUGAUGUCCACUUCUCCCAGCAGGAAGUGGACGGAGAGACGGGCGCUGUGUUUGUCCCUUCUCAGGAACAAGGGAAGGACUGUCACGUUUCCAAAGAGGAGUCGCCAUGAGCGGGGACUGUUUACGUCUCGCUGAACUCCUCCCAUCGGAUCUGGGACCUUUCGUAGCUCACGUUGAACAUUAACAUGUGGGAAAUAACACGACAAUGAACACUGUGGUAUGCUGUUCAGGAUGACCACGUGUUGUGUGUUUAGGAUCCAGCAGAUUGGGUUUGGAAGACAGACUGGUGAGGUGACAUCCAGAAGUGAUCAGGUGCAUGGCUCUGAAGAUGGUCAAACGACCUAAACAAAGAUGUUACGGUUUAAACUCCUAAAGAGUUAUAUAGAAAUGUAAGCUGUGUUAUCGAAGUUAGUUGAUGUGUCGUGCGUGUCUUUUCUUUGCUCAUUUUGAAUGUGUUCAGUUUGUAAUGUUAUUUAUGAGCCUCUUUUUGGAUAUGUCAAUGUACUGUACCGUUAGUUUGAAGAGUAAGGCAGCUGAGGCUUGUUCAAGUCAAUGACAACUCAAACUGUUUUUGUAAAACUGCAUGUAUUUGAUAAUUAAAUACAAGUGAUGUUACAGGUUUUGAAUAAAGCCAUUAACAUUCCCACAAAGCAGGAAUUUACAUUGGAAAAAACACGCAAUCAGUAGCUGUUAGCAGAUGAGGGGA